CCAAGGCAGCAUUACUUCCAUAUUCACCAAUCUAUCAUUGAUUGUCAUAAACAACAGUAAAAUGGGGAGAAAAUGGCAGAAAGUAGCAACAUUAGGGAGGAAGAUUGUCUCACCAAGAGCCAAUGAGCAUUCUGAUUUCAAUGCAUGCAGUACAUCAUCAGUUGUAGAGAAGGGUCAUUUCAAUGUUUACACUAUAGACGGGAAGCGAUUUAUAAUUCCCUUGUCAUACCUAAAUAAUGUUGUUUUCACAGAGUUCUUGAAGAUAUCAGAGGAAGAAUUUGGGUUACCGGGUGAUGGUCCGAUCACAUUGCCUUGUGAUGAGGUCUCUAUGGAAUAUGUGCUUUCCAUGUUAAGAAGAGGAGUUUCAGAAGAAGUGGAGAGAGCAUUAGUUAGCUCCAUUUUCAUGUCUUGCCAAUCAAAAUGUUUGAGUCUUACUGUGGAUAAUACUCAACAGUCAGCUAUUCGUAGUUUUUGAACAUUUGUAAUCUUACAAAUCAACACUUGUUUAUAUACAA